AUGGAGGCGGACAAGAUCCCGAGCAAGGAGGACAACUCGAAACCGACAAAUAAGCAGCCCGAUCUGGUAUUUGAGGACUGCUCCGAUGGCAGUGGUGACGAGGACUGCAAGGCGGUCGAGGUUGUGUUCGAUCCCAGCAACCCAUAUAGACGAAAAUCAUCCCUUGUGUCAUCAGAGCACCCAUCACGGAACUCAAUCACCGUCCAGCGCAGACAAGGCAUGGUGCAGCAGUACCUCGAAAGCCAGCGACACGGCAGCGAACCCCAGUCCGCGAAAUCAUACCGAGCGCACCCUGUUUUAGGCAGCGCAGGCUCCCAGAUCGACGGAUCCAUGCUUGCGCCAACUUCGGCCCCGGAUAACACGUCGCUGACGAGUAGCAACGCGCACGGCACGGAGAGGCGCAAUUCUCGCGCCGUCGUUGACCCCUCGAGCCUCGAAAGCGGCGAGAUUGGCCAGUCCGACCAGCAAGACUGGACUCGCGAGAUGCUGCGCAGCGCGUCCGAGGUCGAUUUCAUCGCCAUGCAGAAGAAACAUCACCAGACUACGACAGCGGACAACCGCGAACACCCGUCGCGCAUGCUCACCAAAAAGCAGCUGAGCGACAUGGCCUGGGGCGUACGGGAGCUAAGCAGACGGCUCAGCAGUAUGCGCAUACGGGUUCGGGUCAAAUCGAUACUAAUCUUGACGAAGAUUUACGACCAGGAUUUGAUACCCAACACGCGAGAGCUGGCAUCUUGGCUGCUAAGCGUAGACCGCAACGUCAAAUACACCGUGUACGUUCAGGACAAGCUUCGAGAUAACAAAAAGUUCAACUUGGACGGGCUCAUCAACGACAUAUGCAAGAAAAACUUGGAAACAGACCCCAGCUUGGACCAGGACCAAGCACACGAAGACGUCAAGAGGAGACUGCGCUUCUGGGAUGAGGACAUGUGUCGCACCCGGCCACACAUUUUUGACUUUGUCAUUACGCUCGGCGGCGACGGCACCGUGCUCUACGCAAGCUGGCUGUUCCAGCGCAUCGUGCCUCCAGUGCUCAGCUUUGCGCUGGGCAGCCUCGGGUUCCUGACAAAGUUUGACUUUGAGGAAUAUGCGCCGACGCUCACCUCGGCGUUUACAAAAGGCGUAACCGUCAGUCUGCGGCUGCGAUUUGAAAGCACUGUCAUGCGCAGUAUCCGGCGCAAGAAGACUGCUUCCGAGCAGCUCGAUGGUCUGACGAUGGGGGAGGGCGGCGGCGCUGUGAGCGAGGACGAGGACGAGGACGAGCAGCACAAGAAGCGAGAUCUGGUGGAAGAGCUCAUUGGCGAGGAGCGAGAAGAUGCGCACACACACCGACCGGACGGAACGUUUGAGAUUCUCAACGAAGUCGUCGUCGAUCGCGGGCCGAAUCCAACCAUGUCCGUCACGGAAGUUUUUGGCGACGACGAGCACUUUACCUCGAUCCUCGCCGACGGCAUCUGCGUGUCCACGCCGACAGGAUCGACAGCCUACAACCUCGCGGCGGGCGGGUCGCUGUGCCACCCGGAGAACCCCGUGAUGCUCGUGACGUCGGUUUGCGCGCACACGCUGUCCUUUCGGCCCAUUAUCUUGCCCGACACGAUUGUGCUGCGCGUCGGCGUGCCGUACGAUGCGCGCACGUCGUCGUGGGCCAGCUUUGACGGCCGCGAGCGCGUCGAGCUCAAGCCCGGCGACUACGUGACGAUCAGUGCGAGCCGCUUCCCCUUUGCGUCGGUGCAGACCGAAGGCCGGCGGAGCGAGGACUGGGUGAAUAGCAUCAGCGGCAAACUGGGGUGGAACACGCGGCAGAAACAGAAAGGGUUCAAGGACUGGGAUAAAUGA